AUGGCUCUGAUGUCAAGUGCUGAGAAAGACGUCAGCAGGCCCGGCGACGCUGUCGAGCAUCAUGAAGUUGCUGGAGAUGGUCUCCAGGCCCCCAAGGAGCUUACUUCAGAGGCUGCUGCCAGGGGACAAGGCAUCUCUGGAUAUGAGGAGCUGACGCCUUGGGAAACUAUCAAAAAGUUCAAGAUGAACGCUGCUGUUUGUCUUGCCGUCACCUUCAGUGCAGCUACGGAUGGCUACCAGAUCGGACUCAUUGGAAACAUCAUUGCAAACUCGGGUUUCGUCGAGCAGUUCGGUACUCAGCACACCGAGGAGGGUGUUGUCCUGGCGUCGUCUAUUUUGAGUGCGUGGAACUCUAUCGGAUCCGGCGGUCAAGUCGUCGGAAUGGUAACCUUGCCUUUCCUCUCGGACAGGUUUGGCAGGAAAGCAGCCAUGUACUGGUUAUGGUUCCUUCUCGCCAUCAGCGUCAUGCUCGAGUGUGUUGCCAAAGAAUGGAGGCUCUGGUUGGUUGCAAAGCUCUUUGGAGGUAUUGGUGUUGGCUGUCUGCAGUCGACAAUCCCAACCUACGUCUCUGAGGUGGCACCUCCCCGCGUACGAGGUGUCUUUCUCAUGUGCUACAGUCUCUGGUGGCUCAUCGGACAGUUCUUCGCUCCAGUUGCUCUCCAGGUCAUGCACGCCCAAGACCCAACUAAUUAUCUCACCCCGGUCUAUACUCAGUGGUCUCAGAUUGGGCUGAUGCUCAUCAUCUACCUCCUGCUGCCCGAGUCCCCCGCUUGGUGUGUUUCUCGAGGCAAAAACGAUCGGGCCAGAAAGUCACUCCGGGUCUUGUACCGCGGUGUGGAAGGCUUCGACGUGGACCAUCACAUUAGCCUUAUCCAGAUCAACCUUGAGCACGAACGCGCCAUUGCCCAAGAGCAGAAAAAUGAGAAGUGGUACUCUAUCUUCAAGGGGCGCGACGGCCUUCGAACACUCAUCUCGUGCUGGACUCUUAUGACACAGCAGUUUAUCGGUCUUGGCAUCUUCUUCGGCUACGCUACCUACUUCUUCCAGCAGGCCGGACUUAAGGACCCCUUCAAGAUCACCUGCAUUACAUCGGGCAUCAAUAUCUUCUUUAGCUUUGUGGUUAUCUAUGUGUCGGAUAUCUUUGGUCGCCGAUGGCUCGCUUGUUAUGGAACAACUAUUUGCUGGGCAUGCUGUAUCGUUGUGGGUAUCCUCGGAGUCGCGCCCGAGACUAACGCAACCAACUAUGUCUUUGUUCUCUUUGCUUGCAUCUGGAAUAUCGGUCUGGUGGCUAACGGAGCUACUGGUUGGGGUUUCAUUGGUGAGAUCUCUUCCCAGAGACUUCGACCUUACACUGCCGGAUUUGCUGCUGCUUCUACCUGCGUCGUGGGAAUUAUCCUCGGUGUCCUGAUUCCCUACAUGAUCAACGCCCACGAGUGGAACUGGGGUCUCAAGACUAGUUGGUUCUUCGCCGGUCUAGGCGCACCAUUCACAUUGGCCAUGUGGUUCCUGAUCCCCGAGACAUCUGGUCGAACUGCCGCGGAACUCGACGAGCUCUUUGAGCGUAAAAUCAAGCCGUAUAGGUUCCACAAGACCACAACUACCACCCAGCGCAUUCUUCAGGUUAACAAAGAAGAGGAGGCGUAA